UCCUGACAGCUAUUUAGCAACCCAGCCGGGAUAGAGUUUCCAAAAAAGUUAGAAUAACUUCCUCUCCCGGAGACCUCGGUUUUGCACAAGCCGGCCUCGAAAUCAGAGCCUUUGCGAGCGACCCGGGAGCCUGUGCUCCGCGGCUGCGGGCUUGGCCAGUGGCGUGCGCUCGGCGCCCCCCAGCCCCACGCGCGCCGGGCGGGCGCCAUGGAGGAGGGCUCCAGCUCGCCGGUGUCCCCCGUGGACAGUCUGGGCACCAGCGAGGAAGAGCUGGAGCGGCAGCCCAAGCGCUUCGGCCGGAAGCGGCGCUACAGCAAGAAAUCGAGCGAAGAUGGCAGCCCGACCCCGGGCAAGCGCGGCAAGAAGGGCAGCCCGAGCGCGCAGUCCUUCGAGGAGCUGCAGAGCCAGCGCAUCCUGGCCAACGUGCGCGAGCGCCAGCGCACCCAGUCGCUCAACGAGGCCUUCGCUGCGCUGCGCAAGAUCAUCCCCACACUCCCCUCUGACAAGCUCAGCAAGAUCCAGACGCUCAAGCUGGCCGCCAGGUACAUAGACUUCCUCUACCAGGUUCUGCAGAGCGACGAGAUGGACAAUAAGAUGACCAGCUGCAGCUACGUGGCUCACGAGCGUCUCAGCUACGCCUUCUCCGUGUGGCGCAUGGAGGGCGCGUGGUCCAUGUCCGCCUCCCACUAGCGCCGCGCCACCCACCUCUGGAGCCGCAUGCCAGGACCCACCUGCACAUCUCAGGCGUAAGCGGAACUGGAUGUGUCCACGGCUGUGACUUUCGGCACCUGGACAACCUCGUGGCUCCUCGUGACCCCGGUGCCCAAGUGUUCAGAGGGGACAACAGUGGCAGGGGACAGAGACCCAGGUUCACAUUCUUCUCAGCGAUACCCAUGGGAUGGGCACCGGCCUUCCUGCCAGUGACUUCUGUGUCCUCAUCUCGUCACCGUUGGAUUUUCCUCCUGGGUUUUAGUUUGGGGGAAUCUUUCUGGAAAGUUCUAGCUUCAGGAAUGCAUUUGUAAGGAUAUAUAUUGGAUUGUAUUUCCCUCUAAGUGCCUUUUUUAAAAAAAUGUAUAUUUUUAAAUAAAACAGAAAUGCAUUCUUGUAGAACCUGUUUAAACUGGACCAAGGCUCUCAGAACAAGAACUCAAGAUCCCUCCCACCCCAGACCUCCCGCGAUUGUUUUCGAGGAAGCCUGGAAUUCUUGCCCGUACACUUUCUGUUCCUUACGUCUCCACGACCUGCUCAGCUAGCCAUUUUUUUUAUAUUCCCUGUUCAGUGUAUAUGUUGCUUAUUUGUUUAUUUAUUGAGAUAUUUUACCAGCUAAGUGACUGCCACGCGCUGUGUGUUAUGCUCCACACCCAGGAACAAUAAAGA